AUGGACCCAUCGCCUGCCAUCCCUGCUUCUGCCCUCUUUUCGCUCAAAGGCCAGACUGCGCUCAUCACAGGUGCAACUAGAGGCAUUGGCGCCGCAUGCGCGAUAGCGCUCGCCGAGGCCGGAGCUUCCGUUUGCCUGGUUCAGCGCCAACCUUCGGAAAGCACACCCCCUAAUCACGAGACCCUCAACGCCAUUCGCGCGCUAGGCGCCACCGCAGAGGUUGUUUACUGUAAUUUAGACGACCUCGACGCCGUCAAAGGCCUCUUCCAGAAGGCUCUCGAUGUUAUGGGCGGCCAAAUCCAUAUCCUUGUCAAUUGUGCUGGAAUUCAACGGAGGUCUCCAGCUGUGGCCUUCCCCGAAAGUGAUUGGGAUGAUGUCCUUAAUGUGAACCUCAAGUCCGUCUGGCUAUUGUCACAAGCUGCUGGCCAGCACAUGGUUCCCCUCCGCCGAGGCAAGAUCAUCAAUUUCUGCUCCCUACUCACAUUCCAAGGCGGUUUGACCGUUCCGGCAUACGCGGCGGCGAAAGGAGCUCUUGGCCAGCUCACAAAAGCUCUUGCGAACGAAUGGAGUUCUCAAAACGUUCAAGUAAAUGGAAUAUGCCCAGGGUACAUCGCGACCGACAUGAACGAAAAACUUUUGGCGGACCCCACACGGCUGCGCCAGAUUUCGGAACGUAUCCCUGCAGGACGAUGGGGACAGCCCAAAGACUUUGCAGGUCCGAUCGUGUUCCUCGCGAGCCCAGCAAGCCAAUAUGUUUGUGGUGAAUUGCUCGUCGUCGAUGGAGGCUGGAUGGGCCGGUGA